AUGGGAGGUUGUGCGAGCAGUCCUAAGGAUCUUGCCUUGAACGAGGCGGAAGCCCCCGUGGAUGUUCCCACCGUGCCGGAGAAUGUUAAUCAAGGCGAGACUCUAGGUGCUCAGGAGAAACAAGAGGUUGCAGGAGAAGCCGUGGAAGCCGAGCUAGAGGUGGCGGAGGCAGCCACUGAGACUCCUGAAGCAAUAAAGGAAGAUGUUGAAGUUGAGGAGCCAAAGGCAGAGAAGAAAAGUGAUGAACCUCUUGUGACCCUGUAA